UUGACAGGCACCGACCCGAACCGCCACAACAGCUGGGGGAGGAUUUCCGACCCAGUCACAGCGAAGAUGGUGGCAGCUACACGAGUGGAGAUAUCACGUUCGCCCGGAUAAGACGGAAAAACAGCAGCAAAACUCCCGCUGUAGGUCUGUUUUUAUUUAGCCCCCAAAAUCCAGCGGAGAGCUAUAUCAGGGGGAAAAGGGAGGCAACCAGCGGCGGACGGAAGAGGACGCACCACAGCCAGAGCGCACAGUGUUGUGUUUGUUGGACACAAGCAUGCCAGCAAAAACUAGUGCUAUCCAUACAUAAGGAAUCGGUUGAUAAUAAGGAGAUAUAGUGCCGUGUGUGGGGCGCUUUUUGAUAAUCUCACCGAGGAUAUAUCCAAGGGGUUUCCUUCAUUGAUCUGGAGAUUUUCUACUUUUUUGCUGUGGGGGAAUGCGAGGGGAGGAAACCCAGCCUCUGCUCCAAAUAACCAGAGACUCCUAACUCACUGGGUCUCUCCUCUCCAAACGCAGGAAAUACGGCCUGGGAAAAAAAAAAAAGUUUGGGAGCUUUUGGAAACGAGAGGGGGGCCUAUCGCUGACGUUUUGCACGCGUUGUACGACGUGAUUUUUAAGUAGCUUACUACGUUUUUUGUAUGUAUUAAGCUCUUAUGUUGUUCCACAGAUGAAGUUUAUGACAAGCAGUUUAAGUGUUACACACCGUUGGUGUUGUUAUUGCAAGAGUUUUGAUCAUCACUAUUUAUAGACCAGCCUGCUCCGACCGAGGCUGUUCCUCAUAGCAGUAUAUUUUGCCAACUGCGCGCAACAAGUUGCAGACACUCCCAGCAGAGGCAAACCUACUCUAAUGUGGGCCAGCGGAUGGUAUUUUCUGCGCUUCUCUUUUCGAAUUAAGAGUCUUUGAAUAUCGUACACCCCUCCCGAUCCCCUCUUUGGAAGGCGGAGGGGGAAUAAUCGUUGGAGAUCCGGAGAGGGAGUUCAGGAAAGGACGGGGCUGGAUCCGUGGGAAUAGGCCUGCCUGUCAGGCCUCUUAUGCUCUGGAUCUCGGACUGGACAGGGCUCCCAAAUAUCUCAGUCUGGACUAUUUUCAUGGGCCCGCUGAAAUAAAGAUGGAAGGAGAAUGCAUGGGAAUAAGAAAUGCAAAUCCUUUGGACAUGUAUGGGAGGGGAUGUAGUGGAAGGUAAAGCCGCCUCAAUUACAGAUCACCUACUUUUUAAUUAACAAAAUUAAGUUUGCCCACAUUUCUAGACGGAAUUAUUAACGUAAAACAUUCACAGCAUAUAAAGUAAACUACUUUAUGUGAAACGAGAAUAGCCUUUUAAGUGAGGAAUUGUUUUUCUUACAGUUUGAUGCUUCAUGGUGGAAAAUGUAUACAGUCCACACGUUUUUAUUUUAGCACUACUAGCUUUUCAUAACGACAAGAUUGGGUUUUUUUUGGGGGGGGGGGUGUUUUAAGAGGGGAGAGGGAAAUGUAAAUUGACCAUUUGUCGCACAUGUGGAGACAAGAGGGACAGUGUAACUUUUGUAGCCACUUGCUGUGCACAACGCCAACUGUUGACAGUCUGUAUCUGCUCACACGAUGAAGCCCUGGCCCUAACGCUGUUUUACCACGCAAUCGACGUUAUUUCGGAAUGAAGAACUAUCUCGGUAUUUUUUCCUGACGCUGUCUGAUUCUGUAAUGUCAGCAGUAUCGAAAUAUUGCGCACAUCCAGAUGAGGUCAUUUUCAGUCAUGUAACGUCAGCACCGACCUGAUGAAGGCAUAGCAUCGUUGCAUCACUAACCAGUCCUUUCCGAGAAGGAUGUUCAAUUCAGGAGGCAGAAAGAGUGAUGACAGUGUUUUUACCGCAGCUGGAGGGAAAGCCGGGCUCAGACCCAGAGCCUCUUUGGAGAAGGAUACAUGUAAUGUGAGUACUGACGCAAACCCGGGUUCGGAUAAUGAGCUGCUCAAGAAACUGGAACGGCGCGUCUUGUGCGAGUGAGUGUGCGGGCUGCUGUGUGCGUAGCAAAGACGUCUGUGCCGUGCUCACCAUUCAUGCACUGUGAUUAUUCCAACAAACACCUUUGCUCUCUCGUUCUCCCUCUCCCUCUCCCUCUGUCUGCCUGCCUGCCUGUCACUCUCUCACCGCCGCCUCCUCCCUCCUCUCCGUGCCACAUGUGCACUCGGUGUCCACGCACCGCGUCUAAUUGCCUGAGGGCCAUCAGAAGAUAUUAUUAAUAUUUAACACCUCCCCGCGCCCCUCAUAUUUCUCGUCACAACGGUCAAUAUGGCCACUCUGCAACAUCACCGGCAGCUUCUCAUGCAUGGCACGGAAGUGAGCUGCGACUCCAGCGGGGAUGGCGCCGUGACCGUGCGGAUUACCAACAGCGCGCCACACGUGCAUCAACAUGAGCCGCUGAGGGCUGCCAGCAGUGGAGCAGGAGCCGGAGGCUUUGGGGCUGUGAGUAAAAUGAACCCUAACCUCCACAAAUACAGUAUUUCCUCCAGCUGCAGCUCAGACUCCAGACCGGCCGGGACCACCACUUCCAGGGUGCGUAGGAAGGCGCCGCCGCUGUUCGAGCGCUCUGCUGCUCAGUGCUGGGACCCCAAGUUUGACUCCCCCAUCCUGGAAGAAGCGUGCCAAGAGAGAUGCUUUCCUCAGACACAGCGGCGCUUCCGUUAUGUCCUGUUUUACCUGGCAGUGGCAGCUGUACUUUGGGGGGUGUACUUUGGGGUCAAUAGUGACCGCUGCAACCCCAUGGCCUUCCUAGUCCCCACAGCCUCCUUUUUAGUCCUCCUAGUGCUGCUCUUCUUAUUCACCUUAACCCAACCCUACACGUGGCUGUACAACCAAACAUCCUUGCUCCUGAUCGCGGCCACCUUCGCCAUCACCUUAGCUCCACAGAUACAGACUGCUGGCUACACUGAGCUGAAGGGGGCUGGCGGUGGCAAUGCCUCAUAUCCCCCACAAGUAGCACCAUCUCUAGCCCCUUGCAUCUCCCCCGUGGGCACCUUUUCCCUGUGCAUGGAGGUUCUGUUGUUAUUAUACAGUGUCCUUCAUGUCCGUCUGUAUGCCUCAGUGAUGCUAGGGCUCCUGUAUUCUAUAUUAUUUGAAGCAUUAGAAUGGCUGCCCUUGCUUCAAAAGAGUUAUGACACUACUGGAUGGGGGACAGGGUUAGUGGGUUCAGGUUCUGAUUGGGAAGGAGACACCCUCCGCUGGUUGGGCCCGGCCAAAGCUCUGCUCCACUUGUGUGCCCAUGUCAUUGGCAUCCACCUGUUCAUCAUGUCGGAGGUGCGUUCCCGCAGCACCUUCCUCAAAGUGGGCCAGGCUAUCAUGCACGGCAAAGACUUGGAAGUGGAGAAGGCCUUGAAGGAGCGUAUGAUCCACUCUGUCAUGCCGCGGCGAGUUGCAGAUGAGUUGAUGAAGCAAGGUGACGAUGAGGGCGGUGGUGAGAACUCUGGCAAGCGUUAUUCCUCUGGUGCCUGCUCUGCCUCCGCCGUCUCAGUGGGUGGUGGAGGAAGCGGUGGAGCUUCACAAGCCCAAAUUGCCACAAGCGGCAAGAAUUACCCUUAUAACAAUCACAAACGCAAGAAGACCUCCAUCCCACGUGGACAGAUAAUCUUCCGGCCUUUCAAUAUGAAACGCAUGGAGCCUGUCAGCAUUCUCUUCGCGGACAUUGUGGGUUUCACUAGAAUGUCUGCCAAUAAGUCAGCACCGGCCUUGGUGGGCCUUCUCAAUGAUCUGUUUGGACGUUUUGACCGGCUCUGUGAACUAACCUGUUGUGAGAAGAUCAGCACCCUGGGAGAUUGCUACUACUGUGUAGCUGGCUGCCCUGAGCCGAGGCCAGACCACGCCUACUGCUGUGUAGAGAUGGGCUUGGGCAUGAUCCAGGCCAUAGAGCAGUUCUGCCAGGAGACAUGUGAGACCGUCAGCAUGCGUGUCGGCGUCCAUACGGGCACCGUCCUGUGUGGGAUCCUGGGAAUGAAGCGCUUCAAGUUUGAUGUGUGGUCAAACGAUGUCAAUCUGGCUAACUUGAUGGAGCAGCUGGGCGUGGCGGGCAAGGUCCACCUGUCAGAAGCUACUGCCCGAUUCCUGGAUGACCAUUACCAAAGGGAGGACGGGCAGGUGGCGGAGAGAGCCGGGCAGAGUGUGGUGGAGAAACUGAAGGGGCUGAAAACCUACCUGAUCUCAGGGAGGAAGUUGGAGCUUGAUGUGCAAUGUGGCUGUUCUCAGGUGGGACUGCCAGGCGGAGAUUUUGUUGGGGUCAGCCUGUCCUCCUGUCCUCAGCCCCGCACACCGGACCUCAUCCCAGGGGGAGCACAGGCUGCUGAGCCCCUACUGCCUCACCAACCUCCAGACAGGAUCAGGCCUCCCUGUGUGUCCCGUAGUGUGGUCUUGUCUCCGGGGACAGAGCAGGGUGAUGAUGUGGCCGUGCUGAACGGCUGCCAGGAGGAGCACAAGACCAGCAGUGUCCAGUUCAUCCCAGGUCACAGCCCCAGAGCAGCCAACGGUCUCCUGAGUCCCCCGCUGGAGGACCCGGUGCGAGCCAGCCAGAGCUCCCUGUGCGACAUGCUCCAGGAGAAAGAGAAGAAGACUAGCACUAGCACGGGGACCGGCACCAGUCUUGGCAUGGCUGGAGGCACAGGGGCAUCAGGCACGGGAAUGGACCACUCCGCCCUGAUCCAGCUGCGUGCCAAAAACUUCAGAGAAAAGAGCGACGUCCACUUUGUGGAUGUUAUCAGGGAGGACAGUCUGAUGAAGGACUACUUUUUCAAGCCACCCAUCAACAAGAUCAGCCUCAAUUUCCUAGAGAGACCUCUGGAAAGGGUUUUUCGCAGCAGCUACAAGGAGGAGGUGAAGAACCAGGUGCAAGUGCAGACAUUUGCGAGCUCCACCUUCAGCUCCUUCCUGGAUGUUCUCCUCAGCUGUUUUGUCUUCUUGGCCCUGACACUGGCCUGCUUCCUUCCACCUCUGGUGAGCCCGGGAACCGUGGGCCCUCCAGCUCCUGCUGCCCUGGCCCUCGCUCCCCUGGCGGGCCUGUUGGAGCUGGCCUCCCUGGUACUGUCCAUACGAAUGGCCUUCUAUUUGGAGGAGGUGAUGAACUGUACCCGCUCCCUGCUCCUAGUGGUCUCUGGAUGGGUCCCCCGUCACGUGAUUGGGGCUGUGUUAGUCUCCCUCCCUGCCAUUUCUGUCUUGUCCCACCUCACCUGCAGCGUCCAAUUGCCCCUCCAGGUGACCAUGUUCUUGUGCUGUGCCACCAUCCUGGCCAUCAUCCAGUAUUGUAACUUCUGUCAGCUAAGUUUUUGGAUGCGCUCAGUCCUGGCCACUGCAACAGGGGUCGCCCUGCUGCUGUUUCUGUACAGCCCCUUGCACAGGUACAGCUCCGGUAAUAACAGCUCGCCAGUUCAUGGACUGAACAUCUCCACAUCCAGUGAUGGUGGUUCAGCGUUAGACACUCUUGGCCCUGAACCUCCCCCGCAACCUCUUGACCUUCUGAUCCCAGAGGCUGUCCUGGCCUUCUUUCUGCUACUUCUCCUGGUCUGGUUCCUCAACCGGGAGUUCGAGGUCAGCUACCGUCUCCAUUACCAUGGCAAUGUAGAGGCUGACAAACACCGCUCCAAGAUCCAGACGAUGCGAGACCAGGCUGAGUGGUUACUGGGCAACAUCAUCCCCAUCCAUGUCGCUGACCAGCUGAAGGUGACCCAGAGCUACUCCAAGAAUCACGACAGUGUGGGCGUGAUCUUUGCCAGUAUUGUAAACUUCAGUGAGUUCUAUGAAGAGAGCUACGAGGGAGGAAAAGAGUGCUACCGUGUCCUCAAUGAGCUAAUUGGAGACUUUGACGAGCUCCUUCGUAAACCUGAAUUCAAAAGUGUGGAAAAGAUCAAAACAAUCGGUGCCACCUACAUGGCAGCGUCCGGACUGAACGUCCAGGAGUUGGCUGAGAAUGAUGAUGACUCUCUGCACGCUCACCUCAGGGCACUUUUCAACUUUGCCCUGGAGAUGAUGGGCGUCCUGGAUGACUUUAACAAGAACAUGCUGGGUUUUGGUUUCAAGCUCCGUAUUGGAUUUAACCACGGGCCGCUGACGGCGGGGGUGAUCGGCACCACUAAGCUGCUCUAUGACAUUUGGGGAGACACGGUCAACAUUGCCAGCCGCAUGGACUCCACUGGGGUGGAGUGUCGGGUGCAGGUGAGCGAGGAGAGCCAUGCUGUGCUCAGUGCCAUGGGCUUAGAGUUUGACUAUAGAGGUACAGUGAAUGUUAAGGGCAAAGGUCAAAUGAGGACCUUUCUGUACCCCAAAAGUGGGGAAAGUAUAUAUCAAGACCGAACAGAGCUGGGCGCCAGGGUAGGACCCUCGUCCGUGGCAUCAGCAGCCAAUAAUACUUCAGAAUCGGUUGCCCAUGCAGCAGCUCUCCCCCCCUCUUCUUCCACUCCUCCUUCCUCCUCUCUUUUCACACUCCCUCCACAACCACAGAGCGCUAUAAGGCCUUCAAGAGCAGGGCCUGAGCCUGUCCAAGCUAAGUCCACAGAGGUGAGGGAGGAGGGAUAUAGGGACCCUCCACACCUCCCUGGGCAGUCCCCUGCCAUAGACCUUCACCUCCCUCCACACUCUGAACUGGGCCAAGAGCCUAGUGCAGCACAAGUGCCCUCCCAGGUGCAGCCUGCUCCUCUCGCACUUCAAGAAGAGGAGGAUGAAGAGGUGGAGGCCAACGAGCUAACAAUACUCAACGAGGAGUUUUAUGCCCGUCUCUGAUCCCUCCUAUUCUCUUCCCCUGUCUUCUGCCCCACUGCUGCCCCCGGCUGCUGACUCUCCAGGACCGAUUGCAGGUGCAGGGCAGGAUGUCCCUACCUUUAGGCGUGGGUGAAGUGGCUUCGGCAGAUGAAGAAGAGGGAGUUUUUCACUCCAACACAAACAGUGGCUACAGUGGCUAUGAAAAUGGCUACUACUGUCUUUCAUGAUAAUGUUGCCUGAGUGCUGGGGUGGGUUAGACCUGUGUUGAGCACAGCAGUGUAUAGGGAAGAAGGCUGAAAGGGGUUCAGAGGGAAGGACGUUUUGUUGGUUUUGUUCUUGAUGUUUUUUCUUAUUCAUUUUUGUUAUUAAGUGCCUUCAGGACUAGAACAGUGAACAAACAAAUAUGAAUACUGAACAAAGUUUUAACAAUCUUAGACUACAGAACAUGCUGUGGUUUCUUACUCCAUGCUUUUUAUUUUCAAUGGAAGUAUUUCUUAAAAAAAAACAUUAUUGUUGUGCCAUAUCAUUUCUUUUAACUUGAUCAAAGUCUAGACCUUACUUAAGGGAAAAUUAUUUUAGAUUCUAUAUAAGUGCCAGUGCAGCAUAAUGGGCUGAGCAGGGAACUAUGGGAAGAAUGAGGGAAUACAUAAAGCAGUGUUAAUUUGUAAUUCUGCUUUGACAUGAGGGCUUAAAACAGUAUUAAUUUGUGCUAGUCUCGGUAAAAGGGGACAUGCUACAAAGCAGGCUGCAUACAUUUUAGUUUGUGUAGCAGCUAAAUGCACAUUUUAAGCACAGGUCUUGCACAGUGUUUUGUCGACCACUUGUAUUUGGUAGUUAUUACCGUGAAAUAGAUUUUAAGAACGUUGAAACUGAGUUCUUGUCCGUCACAAGUACAAUCAAAAGCACAACAUUAAAUUAAAAAGGGAAUAUAGAUAUGGAGGAAAAGGUGGUUUUAAACAGUGAGAUGAUCACAAACGCAGGAAGGCACUUUAAAUAUACUUAAAGUGAUACUCCACUCAAGAGGUGUCUUUUGAGUAUGACCCGUUCUGCUUUUUCAUUGGUCAGAACCACUCCAUUGGAGCUCACUCAUAGGCUAGACUGAAAGCCGCUGUGCUGCGUAGAGAGAAACGAGAAAUAGGGCGAACGACAAACUUGUUGCACCUACCUUUACCAAGAGAUAUUCUAUUAAAUUAUUUUUGUUGGUACAAAACAAAUUAAAAGACCAAAAGUAUUUAGUAUGUUUGGGGGCAUUGUAUGUCUUUUUUCAUUAUAGCACAGUAAAGUAAUGAC